GCGGCGGGCAGCGCUCGGGGGCGCACGCAGGGGUCCGGGCCACGCACGCGGCCCCACCGCCACUUGCAGCCGGGCCGAGCCGAUCGCGGCGGCCGGAGAGCACCGGCACCAUGUGGAUCCAAGUGCGAACCAUGGACGGGAAGGAGAGCCACACGGUGGACUCGCUGUCCAGGCUGACCAAGGUGGAGGAGCUGAGGCGGAAGAUCCAGGACCUGUUCCACGUGGAGCCCGGCCUGCAGCGGCUGUUCUACCGGGGCAAGCAGAUGGAGGACGGCCACACCCUCUUUGACUACGACGUGCGGCUGAACGACACCAUCCAGCUGCUGGCGCGCCAGAGCCUGGCGCUGCCGCCCAGCGCCAAGGAGCGGGACUCGGAGCUGUCGGACACCGACUCCGGCUGCUGCCUGGGCCAGAGCGAGUCGGACAAGUCCUCCACGCACGGCGAGGCGGCCGCCGAGGGGGACGGCAAGGCCGGCCUGGCCGACGAGGACGAGUGGGACGAGACCGAGCUGGGGCUGUACAAGGUCAAUGAGUACGUGGACGCCCGGGACACGAACAUGGGGGCGUGGUUUGAGGCGCAGGUGGUCCGCGUGACGAGGCGGGCCCAGUCCCAGGACGCGCCCUGCAGCUCCACGGCCAGCCCCGCCCCGGACGAGGACGUGAUCUACCACGUGAAAUAUGACGACUACCCGGAGAACGGCGUGGUCCAGAUGACCUCGCGCGACGUCCGCGCACGUGCCCGCACCAUCAUCAAGUGGCAGGACCUGGCCGUGGGCCAGGUGGUCAUGCUCAACUACAACCCCGACAACCCCAAGGAGCGGGGCUUCUGGUACGACGCCCAGGUGUCCCGGAAGCGGGAGACCAGGACGGCGAGGGAGCUGUACGCCAACGUGGUGAUCGGGGAGGGCUCCAUCAACGACUGCCGCAUCCUCUUCGUGGACGAGGUCUUCAAGAUCGAGCGCCCUGGUGAGGGGACCCCCGUGGUGGAGAACCCCCUGAGGCGCAAGAGCGGCCCGACCUGCAAGUACUGCAAGGACGACCUGAGCAAGCCGUGCCGCGUGUGCGCCUGCCACGAGUGCGGCGGCCGCGAGGAGCCGGCCAAGCAGCUGCUGUGCGACGAGUGCGACAUGGCCUUCCACAUCUACUGCCUGAGCCCGCCGCUCAGCGCCGUCCCCAGCGAGGCCGAGUGGUACUGCCCCGACUGCCGGACCGACUCCAGCGAGGUGGUGCGCGCGGGAGAGCGGCUCAAGGAGAGCAAGAAGAAAGCCAAGAUGGCGUCGGCCACGUCGUCCUCGCAGCGGGACUGGGGCAAGGGCAUGGCCUGUGUGGGGCGCACGAAGGAGUGCACCAUUGUCCCCUCCAACCACUACGGACCCAUCCCCGGGAUCCCCGUGGGCACCAUGUGGCGCUUCCGAGUCCAGGUGAGCGAGUCGGGGGUCCACCGGCCUCACGUGGCGGGCAUCCACGGCCGUAGCAACGACGGCGCCUACUCGCUGGUGCUGGCCGGCGGCUACGAGGACGACGUGGACCACGGCAACUUCUUCACGUACACGGGCAGCGGCGGGCGCGACCUGUCGGGCAACAAGCGGACCGCGGAGCAGUCGUGUGACCAGAAGCUCACCAACACCAACAGGGCGCUGGCUCUCAACUGCAGCGCCCCCAUCAACGACCAGCAGGGGGCGGAGGCCAAGGACUGGCGCUCCGGGAAGCCCGUGCGGGUGGUGCGGAAUGUCAAGGGCGGGAAGCACAGCAAGUAUGCGCCGGCCGAGGGCAACCGCUACGACGGCAUCUACAAGGUCGUCAAAUACUGGCCGGAGAAGGGCAAGUCCGGCUUCCUGGUGUGGCGCUACCUCCUGCGGCGGGACGACCAGGAGCCGGGGCCCUGGACCAAGGAGGGCAAGGACCGCAUCCGGAAGCUGGGGCUCACCAUGCAGUACCCGGAGGGCUACUUGGAAGCCGUGGCCAGCAAGGAGAAGGAGAAGGAGAACAGGAAGAGGGUGGUGGCGGAGGAGGAGCCGGAGGAGGAGGAGCAGGCGCCCAAGAAGGCCAAGGGCAAGGGCAAGGGCUCCUGGAAGCGGAAGGCGGUGCCCGCGCCCGCAGGCCAGGGCAGCGCCGGGACCCCGGGCCGGGCCGCCAAGAAGACCAAGGUGGAGCCCUACAGCCUCACGGCCCAGCAGAGCAGCCUCAUCCGCGAGGACAAGGCCAACGCCAAGCUGUGGGGCGAGGUCCUCAAGUCGCUCAAGGACGGCCCGGUGUUCCUGAGCAAGGUGGAGGAGACGUUCCAGUGCAUCUGCUGCCAGGAGCUGGUGUUCCGGCCUGUGACCACCACGUGCCAGCACAACGUGUGCAAGGACUGUCUGGACAGGUCCUUCCGGGCGCAGGUGUUCAGCUGCCCGGCCUGCCGCUACGAGCUGGGCCGCGGCUACGCCAUGCAGGUGAACCAGCCGCUGCAGAGCGUCCUCAGCCAGCUCUUCCCCGGCUACGGCAGCGGCCGGUGAUGGCCGGGCUGCGUCCUUGGCCCCGUCGGCUCGGCUCCCUCCAGACGCUGUCUUCCCGCCCCCACGCCCCCUGUGGUCCUUGGGCGCCCCGUCCCGGCCGCAGCGGUGGACCCGCACGGUCCUGGUCUGGUUUAGUUCUGUUGUGUUUUAAACGUCAAGCCUGCCGUUCAGCCACGAGACGACGACGCGAGGUUUCGGAGACGGGAUGUGCGGCCUCGGCCUGCGGCUGCUUCUGGGCGGGGCCGCUGCGCCCCGCCGGGCUGGGCCACAGGCCACGCCAAGUGCCUUCCUCGCUCCCUUUUAAAGACGGGGCUCCUUGUUCUUAGCACUGAGUUGUCACACGCCAGCCGGACGCGCCGGGCCCGGGCCGGUGGCUUUUAGCGACCGUUUCAAGUUUGUCAGCUUUUAACUCUGCAGUUGAGAAUUGAGGCUUUUUUGUGGUUUUUUAUGAACGCUUUUUUAAAUGAAAUUCCUCUGUAGUCACUGUACGUGUCCCCAGAAACACGACUUACGGUUCGGUCGGUUGUUCUCGUUUUGUUUUGAUAUGUUUUUGAGUGGUUUGUUGACUUUCUAACUUGACCAAAGUUUGCAGUUCAUACCUCAGCAGCACAGGGCUACGUUGUCACCCACCUGGCAGACUGGAGCAGAACCGUCCCUGAGGGGCUGUCGCCUCCCUAGACCCUGACUGUAGCAGUGACACAGCCGCAGCUGGGCGCGGGCUUGUUCUCCACUCGGGUUUUAGACGCUCAGAAUAAACGUUUUUCACAAACGCAUCUGACGGCGUCGUCCGUGCGCAGCGGCUCUGCGGCCGGGGAGGGCGGCGGGGCGGCGAGAC